AUGGCAGAGCGAAAAGCAGAAGACGAUUUAAUUCCAGUUCGUCACUGGAUACGUGGACAUUACAGGAAAUUGACAAGAACUAAUAAAGCAACAUGCAAUCAUUGUAAUGUUCAACUCAUUAUAAAUACUAAACAUUUAAUUGCUUUCCAUAAGCACUUAGUAAACGUACAUCCAGAAAAAUUAUCAGAAGAAAAGAAGAAAGAAGUUAAAUUUUACUGGACUUGGGAUCAUUUUAUCGCAAAAACCGAUAGAGAGGCAAUAUGCAAACAUUGCCAAGUAAUAGUUAGAUACAGACAUUCAGCUCAUUUAAAACAGCACUUAAAAGGACAUCACAAGAUAUUGAAUCCGAGUUCAUAUAGUAUAAUAAAUAACGAAACCACUUUAUAUAGCGAUGCAAAGGAAAACAAGAAUAUAACUUUAAGAAAUGCAAAACAUCAAGAAGAUUUACCUAACUCAUCAAACCUAACUAACAAUUUGUCUGAAUGUAUAAAAGGAACAAAAGCAUUUGAUGAGGAAGCAGAAGACAAUGUAAUUCCAGUUCGUCGCUGGAUACGUAGACAUUACACACGAUUAACAAUAUCUUCAUUGCAAUGCAAUCAUUGUAAUAAAAGAUUCAUAAUGUGUAUUUAUCGCUUAGAUGUUUUACGUAGGCAUUUGCUGGUGGUACAUCCAGACAAAUUAACAGCAAAAAAGAAGAAAGAAGUUAAAUUUUAUUGGACUUGGGAUCAUUUUACCGAAAAAACCGAUAGAGAGGUAAUAUGCAAACAUUGCAAAGUAACAGUUAGAUACAGACAUAUAACUCAUUUAAAAGAGCACUUAAUAAUACAUCACAAAAUAUCAGGUCCAAAUUCUAAUAGCGUAAUAAUUAACGAGAGCUCUUCAGAUAGUGAUAUAGAUGCAAACGAUAAGAUAUAA